AUGGUCAACCAGCCUCAAAACAAUGAACCCAGCAAGACCCUAUCCGAUGCUUGGGAUCACAAGGGCCGUCCGGCCGUCCAAUCCCGAUCCGGCGGCUGGACCAGCGCAGCCAUGAUCUUAGUGGUGGAGCUAAAUGAGAGGAUGACGACCCUGGGCAUAGCUGUGAACCUGGUCACAUACAUGACCGUCACCAUGCACCUGGGCAACGCCGCCGCGGCCAACGCCGUCACCAACUUCAUGGGCACCUCCUUCAUCCUCUCCCUUCUCGGCGGCUUCAUCGCCGACACCUUCCUCGGCCGGUACGUCACCAUCGCCAUCUUCGCCGCCGUCCAAGCCUCUGGUGUGGUCAUCUUGGCAAUCUCGACCGUUGCACCGGGGCUGCGACCGCCCCCGUGCGCCGACUUGGCAUCGGGCGGUUGCGCGAAAGCUUCUGGGGUGCAACUGGGGGUGCUCUACCUGGCGCUGUACACAACGGCGCUGGGAACCGGUGGGUUGAAGUCGAGCGUGUCGGGGUUCGGGUCGGACCAGUUCGACGAGAACGACAGGGAGGAGAAGAACCAGAUGAUAAGGUUCUUCCACUGGUUCUUCUUCUUCAUCAGCCUGGGGUCGCUGGUGGCGGUGACGGUGCUCGUGUACGUUCAGGACAACGUGGGCCGGCGCUGGGGGUACGGGAUAUGCGCGGCGUCGAUCGUGGUGGGCCUGGUGGUGUUCCUGUCGGGGACGAGGCGGUAUCGGUUCAAGAAGCUGGUCGGGAGUCCGCUGACACAGAUCGCGGCGGUGGCGGUGGCGGCGUGGAGGAAGAGGGGCCUCGAAUUGCCGUCGGAGCCGUCGAUGCUGCAUGAUGUUGAUGGCAGCACCGGCCCAGGGAAGCAGAGGGUGCCACACAGCAAACAAUUCCGUUUCCUAGAUCAUGCAGCAGUCAUCGUCAACUCAACAACCGAACAAAGCAAAUGGGAACUAUCAACCCUAACAGACGUGGAGGAGGUGAAAAUUGUGAUCAGAAUGCUCCCUAUCUGGGCCACAACCAUCAUGUUCUGGUGUGUGUAUGCCCAAAUGACCACCUUCUCCGUCUCCCAGGCCACAAAGAUGGACCGUCACAUUGGUCCAUCUUUCGAAAUUCCCUCAGGCUCCCUCACUGCCUUCUUCGUCGGCUCCAUCCUUGUCACGGUCCCUAUCUACGACCGCAUCAUCAUCCCGAUCACCCGCCGAUUCACGGGCAACCCCUACGGCAUAACCCCUCUCCAACGCAUCGGUGUCGGCCUCAUUCUCUCCAUGCUGGCUAUGGUCGCUGCUGCCCUCAUCGAGAUCAAGCGCCUCAAGGCGGCCCGGUCGACCACUGUUCCAUUGAGAGUCUUCUGGUUGGUUCCUCAAUUCUUCUUAGUGGGGUCUGGGGUGGCCUUCACCUACAUUGGCCAAUUGGACUUCUUUCUGAGGGAGUGUCCCAAGGGGAUGAAGACCAUGAGCACAGGGCUGUUCCUGAGCACCCUGGCGCUCGGCUUCUUCGUUAGCUCGGGUUUGGUGGCCAUUGUGCACCUGGUGACGGGGGAGAGUGGCGGCCAUGGAGCAUGGCUCGCCAACGAUCUGAAUCGUGGGAAGCUCUACAACUUCUACUGGCUGUUGGCUGUGCUGAGCCUGGUGAACUUUGGGGUCUACGUCCUCUCGGCACGGUGGUAUGUCUACAAGGAGAGCCCGGAAGUGGUGGUGGAGGUUGAGGUUGGGAGCAUGGUUGGGUUAGAGUUGACAGAGGUGGAAGCAGGCAGCCGUGCAUAG